ACUUGAUAAACAGUUUUGUUGCAGCAAUCGAAGCAUAAAGAUAGACAGACGUUCGAAACACAAAAAUUAUUCAAUAAAAUAGAAGGAAAAUGUCGUUUUCAACACGCGAAUACAAACUUCAUGAUUCGUUGAUGGCUGUACCGCAAAAAUAUCAACACAGCAUGGCUGCAUGUAGUCUUAAAAAACUGGUUAAACCUUUGCUGAGAUUAUUGAAGAAGAAACAAUUGCUGCAUAAAACCUUGGCCGAAAUUCAACAGAAUGCCUAUAACAACAGCCUGGAAGAUAUGCGUAAAGAUGCCGCCUCACUGAGCGCGGCCGAAGAUAAUCUAGCCAACGAGCAGCUCGAACAGAGACUGUAUGACGAAAUACGCCACUGCGAAGCAAAUGCGGCGGUCAUAGUCCAGCAAGGUCAACAGCAUCUCCUAGUGCCAGUAACUCGGCAACAAACUUACAUUCCAGUACAUUUCGCUCGCACAAAUGACGGUACAUUUUUUUGGACAUCCAUGGUAAUGAAUGCAAAAAAUCACUAUAAUGAAUGGGAUCUAUGCACAGCCACUCAUCAUUUGGAUCGUUGGGGUCAAGCUUAAUUAUUAUUGUUUAAGUGUUUAAUAUGCAUCCCAAACGUGAACAAAUGUGUGCAGUGGUAAAAGCUUUAUAACUACCUAAGCAUUGUCCUUA